ACUAAUAGUGUGACGCAAUUUUAUUACAAUUAUCUUGAAGAGCCGUGUUACCGUUCUGAUCGCUCUAUGAAUAUUACGGAAUAGGUAUAUUAUUAGGUUUUAACGACUAUUAGUGGGUAAUUGAACUAUAAAGCAUCCGGCACCAUCUGACUUUAAACAAAAGAGGACUUUUCAAUACAAUUUUUGUUAAAACUAUUAAUAGGUUUUUAUACUAACCAGUAGGUUUUGCGUCGUGUCAGUGAUUGUAAUAAAAAGCUUGCAAAUAUUUGUAUUUCUGUAUCUUGAUAAGUGGAAGUGUUUUGUGAAAUGUGCGUGAAAAAAUGUGUAACAAUGACCCCACAUUGGUGCGUGAUUAGAUCAGGAGGAAGAUCGUGUUGUGUUAUGAACACGAAAACUGUGGUUACAACUUGAAAGGAAGGGGUUUGAUGAAGUGCCUUCCUAAAUUAUCAACUACCGAGUACAUGAACACCAUUUUUAAUGUAAGAGGUAAAAAUCACAAGAAACCACAAAGAUGUCUGACUAUAUUGAAGAUUUAGAUAAAUUCCUAGCCGAAUACGGCAUGUUAGACUCGCCGUCGGGAUUCGACUCGUUCUCGGAACUUGGGGAAAUGUUGGCGAUGAAUGAACACGCUGCACCAGAACUUGUAAUGCCGCCGCUGAGGCAGCAACAAGCGGCACCAGAACUUGUAAUGCCGCCGCCGAGGCAGCAACACGCGGCACCAGAACUUGUAAUGCCGCCGCUGAGGCAGCAACAAGCGGCACCAGAACUUGUAAUGCCGCCGCCGAGGCAGCAACACGCGGCACCAGAACUUGUAAUGCCGCCGCUGAGGCAGCAACAAGCGGCACCAGAACUUGUAAUGCCGCCGCUGAGGCAGCAACAAGCGGCACCAGAACUUGUAAUGCCGCCGCCGAGGCAGCAACAAGCGGCACCAGAACUUGUAAUGCCGCCGCCGAGGCAGCAACAAGCGGCACCAGAACUUGUAAUGCCGCCGCCGAGGCAGCAACAAGCGGCACCAGAACUUGUAAUGCCGCCGCCGAGGCAGCAACAAGCGGCACCAGAACUUGUAAUGCUGCCGCCGAGGCAGCAACACGCGGUACCAGAACUUGUAAUGCCGCCGCCGAGGCAGCAACAAGCGGCACCAGAACUUGUAAUGCCGCCGCCGAGGCAGCAACAAGCGGCACCAGAACUUGUAAUGCUGCCGCCGAGGCAGCAACACGCGGCACCAGAACUUCAACCCGCGCCGCGAACACCCAUCUCGCUUGGAGUUCCUAGCAAGGAACCAUUUAAACACUUGCCGUUUACGGUGAAAGUUUUACUUCCAAAGGAAAAACCAAAACAUUAUAUUUUUACGAGGAGGUUCAACCUUGCGCUCGUGAAACCGGAUCUACCUUUCGCGGUGCAAUUUAACUAUGGAAGAUUACCAGGGAAUAAGCCGAUGUAUGUGCGGGCUAUGCCUGUAUUUGCUAACCCCAUUCAAGCUGGGAAAAGAGUGGAAACUUGCAGAAACCAUUACGACAAACUGAGGCCAGCCAGGGGUGAAGUGUUGGCCAAGAGCGUUCUGCACUCGUACCAACCCGGGCCCGGGGUGUACCAGCAGGGGGAGCCGGCAAACCCGCAGUCCCGGUUCUCAAUCGUCGUGCCCGCCACCGGUACUCAGAUCCAACAUAUUUACGAGAUGAAAUGUACGAAGAAAUGCUUUAGAAAUAUGACUCAUCGAGCACUCGAAAUCAUUUUCACCCUCGAGGACAUGUGGGGGAACGCGUACGCACGGCAUGUUAUGGGCUUACAAUCAUGCUCGAGCCCCUUUCGGGACCUUAAAAAUAUGCUGAAGAAUCACCAAACACACGGCAAACGUGCCCAGACUCCGAGCACUCGGAGUUCCGGACGCAAACGUCCCAGACUGCUAUCUGUCGAAUCUGAAUCCAUUGACUCAAGUACCUCAGAGGUGGAAUCCAUUGAUGUGAGCCGCAUUGCGUCGGCGGCGAACAAUAUUGAAACCAAUGAGCAACACUUCGAGCCUCCGUUACCAGACGCCGUCGUGAACUCCUCGGCAGUCACCCUGGCCAGUAUCCAAUGCCUGACAGACGACUUAGUUAGAGAUUACGGCUGCAGCGAUCCUCGAGUCGUGCAAAUUUGUCAGACAUACUUGAAUCCCGGCAUUCAACAUUUGAGAGAAAUCUUACCGCCUCAGAUGUUCUAGUCGAGCACAUACACUCACAA